AUGUCGCCAUCGUACUGGUGGCCUGAUGAAGCGGACGAUUCUCUGCCUCAUUGGAGAGACCAUGUGGACGAGUUGACGUUGUUGCCUAACCCACGGCCUCGUGCCCUCACACCGCCAGGGUUCCAGGAUGAAGAUCCUAGCGAAAUGAUUGAGAGGCCUGUUCCGCUGUUCCAAAAGUCUCCAUGGUUCAAGCUUCCUCCCAAUAUUCGACGGGACAUUCUGCGACUGGCCUUUGGUGAUCGUCGUCUUCACAUGAGUUUAUCUUUUAGACAAAAGCAUACAUCUGAUGACGAGAAGGUUGAUUCUUGGCAGUGGUUCAGCGGCAUCUGCCAUCGGGGGAAGAAGAAACUUAGGCUUCAAGGCAUACCUGGGGGCCAGCAAAGGUUUUGGGAAGAUGAUUGUAAGCAUGGGAAUAUGGAGCUUGGGGAGACAGGUAUGAUGAGCUGGCUUCUCUCAUGUCGGCAGAAUUAUGCUGAGAUGAUUGACCUACUGUACUCGAGCAACACGAUUGCCAUGUCUGGCGAAGCUAUGAUAUCGCAUAUCGGGCAGUUGGUGCUCCCUCAGAGGCUUACUGCAGUCACUUCUCUCGAAAUCAGAUGGCCUCUUCAGAGAGAAAAUGAAGCUUGUGCUGGACAUCACGACGAGCACACAAACGCUAUACGCAGGCUGGUCCAUCCAUACCACCUAGAUAUUGAUCAGAUGAGCGUUGUGCUGAAUACGCUGUCAAUCACAAGCUUCCCUAAACUUCGGAGACUUUGCAUCUCAUUUGAGAAGGAGUACAAUGAGCAUCGUAUCUCCAACCCUGAGGUGCACGAUAUAAUUGUCAACAGGCUGAUGCAGUUUGUCAAGAGCAGACCCAAGUUCAAAGAGUGCACCUUUGCGCUACCAAGGAGAGUUUUCGAUACUAUCAUUAAAGAUGUUCGGCCUGAGGACCCGGAUGCGCCUGGGCCCUCAAGACCUUGUAAACAGGUCUGGUUCGAUUCCGAUGGGAACAUGCAUGCCAUGCAUGCCCCCUUCACUAACAGCUAUCCCGCUCCUCCGCCUUAUUUGGAUAAUAGAGAGGAUUCUGGCUUCUGGAUGCUAAGAAUAGACUGA